AUGGAUUUCAUUAAAGAAGCCAUUUGUGAUAAUAACGAUGAAGUGUAUAAAUACCUUCUCGGCUGGAUUGCAUCAAUGAUUCAACAUCCAGGAAUCAAGAAUGAAACAGCAAUUAUUUUGAAAGGACUUCAGGGAACAGGUAAAAACAGAUUUACAGACAUUAUUUCUGAACUUCUCGCUGGUUAUUCAUGUAAAAACAUUACUGAAAUAAGUGAGCUAACGGGUAAUUUCAAUUCAGUUGUUGAAAAUAAAAUGUUUCUUGUACUUAAUGAACUCAAGAAUGUAGGUGAAGACAGACUCGCAAACUUCAACGCUUUGAAAUCAAUUAUUACGGAUAAUGAGAUUAGAAUUAAUGAAAAGAAUCAACCCAGAAGAACAGCACAGAACGUUGCAAACUUCAUUUUCGUAACUAACAACGUCUACCCUGCCAAAAUUGAAGUUGGAGACAGAAGAUACGUAGUUUUAAGGGUUAAUGGUAAAUUCAAGGGUCAAUUUGAUUACUUCAAGAAUUUAAUGGAUUCAUGCACUAAGGAAUUUUAUGAUAAUUUACUGACGUAUUUUAUGCAAUAUGACCUUUCAUCAUUUAAUGUACGAAUCAUACCGAUGACUGAAGCCAAACAAGAUUUAAUAGAAUUAUCAACAAAUCCUUUAGAUGAAUGGAUAAAUACACAUUAUGAUGAAUUAUGUGCAGGUAUGACGUGUAAAAAUGCUCUAUUCUGCAAACCAUCAGACAUGAAAGACAAAAACUUUCAAAUGAGCAUUAAGGAUAAAUGUGAAAGGAAACAAAGAAAAAUAGAUGGUAAACAAACAUGGUAUUAUGUUUUGAAAGAAGAAAUGAAAGGAUUAUAUAAACAAAUUGAACCAAACGAUAAUGAGGAAUCAUUUACUGACGAUGAAAUACCUGUGAAUGAAGCUUUAUAA